CUAAAAAUAUUUCAUAUCAUUUAUCAAAUCAAAUCAUCAUCUGACCGUCGUCUUCCAUAAUUUUUCUUCGCCGGAGCUUUUUUCCGAUCGAUUUACCGAUUACGACGUAAUCACUCCUUCCCCGUUUGUAUUCCUUUGGAACAAUGAGUGAAGCGUUUGAUGGAUACGAGCGGCAAUAUUGUGAGCUCUCCGCGAGUCUUUCAAAGAAGUGUUCUUCAGCUAUUGCACUUGAUGGAGAACAGAAGAAGCAGAAGCUAUCUGAAAUCAAAUCUGGGAUGGAAAAUGCAGAAGUAUUGAUUAGGAAAAUGGAUCUUGAGGCAAGGAGCCUUCCACCAAAUCUUAAGUCUAGCCUGCUUGUCAAGUUAAGAGAAUUCAAGUCUGAUUUGAACAAUUUCAAAACUGAAGUGAAGAGAAUCACAACGGGAACCUUGAAUGCUGCUGCGCGAGAUGAGUUACUCGAAGCUGGUAUGGCUGACACAAAAACGGCUUCAGCUGAUCAAAGAUCAAGAUUGAUGAUGUCAACUGAGCGUUUGGGUCGAACCACGGACAGAGUCAAAGACAGUCGUAGAACAAUGAUGGAGACUGAAGAUAUCGGUGUUUCAAUCCUCCAAGACUUGCACAGUCAGAGACAAUCUCUCUUACGCGCCCACGACACGCUUCAUGGAGUAGACGAUAACAUUGGAAAGAGCAAGAAGAUCUUGACAGGCAUGACGAGGAGGAUGAACAAGAACAAAUGGACCAUUGGAGCCAUUAUCAUGGCUUUGGUUGCCGCCAUUAUCCUCAUUUUGUACUUCAAACUCACCAAGUAAGCCUAUGUAACUAAACCGGACCACAUUCAAGAAAACAACUGUUGUGUUUGUUUGUGGAUCUUUUAUUUGUCUUCCUUCUUUCUGUGUGAAAAGAUGUGUUUGCCACCUCUGUAAUCUGAAUUUGACUUUACAUACGCUGAAGUAAGUAAAGCUUCAAGGCCUAAGUGUCGAGUUUA